AUGCCGCCUUCUCCCUUUCCGUCGUUUUCACCCCUUCACUUCUCCGCGGCACAAGGACGGUGUACUACUAGCUUCAUUUUGGGGAGUGUAUGCGUUGGAUUUAUUAUUAUCUAUCUCUUUCCUUCUUUCUCUGCCAUUGUGUAUCCGGGGAAACACGCGGAGCUGCAGCACAGCACGUCUAGAAUAGCACACACAUGCACAACAGAAGGUCGUCGCCUUUCUACGUCUACCCUUUUUUUGGUGCUGAUGUGUGUGUUCAUGUAA